AUGUCUACGGAUUUUUACAUACGAUAUUAUGUUGGACACAAGGGAAAGUUUGGCCACGAAUUUCUCGAAUUUGAAUUCCGGCCUGACGGGAAACUGCGUUAUGCCAAUAAUUCCAACUAUAAAAACGAUACAAUGAUACGUAAAGAAGCCUAUGUUCACCCUUGUGUAAUGGACGAAUUAAAAAGAAUCAUAAUUGAUUCCGAAAUCAUGCAUGAAGAUGAUCGCCUGUGGCCACAACCUGAUAGGGUUGGUAGGCAGGAAUUAGAAAUUGUUAUUGGAGAAGAGCAUAUUUCUUUCACUACUUCUAAGACUGGAUCUUUGGUUGACGUGAAUCAAUCCCGCGACCCUGAGGGUCUUCGUGGGUUUUAUUAUUUAGUUCAAGACCUUAAAUGUCUAGUAUUCUCUUUAAUUGGGCUACAUUUCAAGAUUAAGCCUAUAUAAAAAUUAUAAUCUCCUAUUCUUGAGUAAUAAAAUAUUUACAUAUAA